UGAAUUUACUGUGAAACUCCUCCCAUUUUCAUUGUAGAAAUUAAAAAAGGAACUUCUUUUGACUCUCGGCUCUUCACUGUAUAUAUAUAUUUUUAGCUUUGGUUUAUGGUAAUGGAGGAACAAAUAUUGGCUCCUUCUUCUUCUUUACCUACUCAGCACGUUCUAUCGGGUUCGGCUGGUUCUGGUGGAGCUCGUUACAAGCUGGUGGCUCCGUCUAAGCUACCAAUCUCAAGGUCGGCUUGUCUUACGACCCCACCUGGGCUUAGUCCUUCGUCUUUCUUGGAAUCUCCUGUUCUUUUAUCAGAUGUUAAGGUGGAGCCUUCACCGACUACCGGUUCGCUGUUUAAGCCUCAACCAGUGCAUGCCUGGGUUGCUUCUUCUACAUAUCCAGAAUCUGUUGCGUGUUCUAAUGCUUUUGAUGAAAGAAAUACCAGCUGCUUUGAGUUUAAAACCCAUCCUAUAUCAAACAUGGCAUCUGCAGAUUUAAACCAUCAAAGAAGUGAACAGUCUCUGCACAUUCAAGGUCAAAACGGGACUGUAUUGUUCGAUUCAUCAGCUUCAGUUAAGAGUGAGAUGGCUGGCCUCUCGAAUGAGUUGAGUCUCUCGGUGCCUGUUCAUACAGCUACUUCUAUGGUUAGUGUUCCUCCUGAAGUUGAUGUUGAAGAGUUAAGUCAGAUGGGAAACCCAAAUAUCGGGAUUCAGUCGGGGCAGUCUGAUCAUAGAGUAGGUGGUCAAUCCGUGUCAUUUGAUGAUGGAUACAACUGGAGGAAGUACGGACAGAAACAUGUUAAAGGAAGUGAAUUUCCACGCAGUUAUUACAAAUGUACGCAUCCUAAUUGUGAAGUGAAAAAGCUAUUUGAGCGAGCUCAUGAUGGUCAGAUUAUGGAGAUAAUAUACAAAGGUACACAUGAUCAUCCUAAGCCUCAACCUAGCUGUCGAUAUUCUUCGAGUAAUAUCGUCUCUGGCCAAAAAGAAAGAUCUGACAAGCUCUCAUCUUUGAAUGGUAGAGAUAGCAUAUAUGGCCAGACAGUUCAUAGCGUUGAGCCAAAUAGUACUGCAGAUCUAUUGCCUGUCACAGCUAAUGAUGAUAACGUAGAUGAUGUUGACGAUGAUGAUCCAUUAUCAAAGCGAAGGAAGAUGGAUGGUGCAAUCGAUAUCAUUCCUGUGGUGAGACCAAUACGGGAGCCCCGUGUUGUUGUUCAGACUCUGAGUGAAGUUGAUAUACUGGAUGACGGGUAUCGAUGGCGCAAAUAUGGCCAAAAAGUAGUGAGAGGAAAUCCUAAUCCUAGGAGUUACUAUAAGUGCACAAAUGCCGGUUGCCCUGUUAGAAAACACGUCGAGAGGGCAUCUCAUGAUCCAAAAGCUGUUAUAACCACAUACGAGGGAAAGCACAAUCACAAUGUACCUACUGCAAGGACCAAUAGUCAUGAUACAACCGGACCAAUACCCGUGAAUGGACCUUCAAGGAUUAGAUCAGAAGAUAAUGGUGCCAUAAGCCUUGAUCUUGGUGUUGGGAUUAGUUCUAUUUCGGAAAAUAGUUCAAACGAGCAUCAGCAACUGCAUUCUGAACUGGUCCAAUGCCAUCCGCAGACCGGUGGCUCUAGUUUCAAAUUUGUUCAACCUCAUCCAAUGGCAGCAUAUUACAGUGUCCUAAACAGUAGCGACAUGAAUCAGUAUGGAUCUAGAGAAAAUCCAAACCAAGGUCCCGGCGUCGAAAUUACACCCUUAAAUCAUUCUUAUGCAUUUCCACAGAGCAUCGGAAGAAUACUAAUGGGACCAUAAAUCCGUGAACAACAAAGGUGACGAGAAAUAAAACGUGGACAGGAUGCCAUUUUUUCGAUCUUUACGACUGGUAAAAGAGAAAAGUUAGGAUUGAAUUCUGCAAAUAUGGAUUGUUAUAUAUAUAUAUAUAUAUUGCUUGAACUCUGAAUUGAUAUUGUUAACUAGACCUACAAAAUACUUUCUGAUGGGAAAUCACGAUUUGUAUAAAUUACAGGGUUUGUACAAAAGUGGAAGUGAUACAUUACAUGUAUAAUUUUUUCUUACAGGAUCAAGUGUUGUAAAAACAUGUUCUUGAAUUGGAAUUUGUAAGAAAAUGUUCCUGUUC